UGUCUGCAUCGGUGAAUGGAGAUGGAGAGUAUAAAUGGUGGGAGGCCAGCUACAAACUGGAGACGAGGUCCUUCAUACCUGCUGCUAGGGCAUCUUACCUCCAACACAACAGGCAGCGUUAAGCCACUCAAACCACAAUGGAAGCUGCCAUCAAAGUCCUUGUCUCUCAGUUUGAGACCUACGCCGGGAAGGACGGAUCCUCCAGCACCCUGAGCAAAGAGGAGUUCCGCAGUCUGGUGAUCUCUCAGCUACCCAACCUUGUCAAGAACGCCAGUGAUCCAGGGGUGAUCGACCAGCUCAUGGGCUCACUGGAUCAAAACAACGACGGGGAGCUGACUUUCCUCGAGUUUUGGCAGCUGAUCGGAAAACUGGCCGGCAAACAGGGAGGAUUCAACAUGUAGAAUAUCUCGUCCUCUUCGCCUGUCAACCUUUGUGCAGUCAUCCAGCUGAAUUAUGCCAUCUAUAGAUGUACCUUCAAGUGCAAUUUAAGUCUUUUGUCCAUGUGCCAGUGCCACAUGUAAAACCCUUGGUUAAUCAUUUGCUCAAAGCAGGAAACUUGGAAUUAAAGGCUCCGUUGUCUUGAACUCUUCU